AUGCAGAUUCGGAUAUACGCUCUCUUCAACCGAUCCAAGAAGAUUGUUGUAUUUAAUGGAGUUUUGUUCAUCGCCUCAAUUGGAAUAUUCUUAUGGGUAAUGAUAGUCAAUGCAAUGAAGCGUGGACGGGCGAUCGCCGCUGCCGUCCGCUUUCCUCUCCCUGGUUGCCCAGUCAUCAACGGAGGAACAGGAUGGGCAUUGUGGAUUGCUCCCACCGUCUAUGAAUUCAUUUUAUUCCCUUUCAUCGUAUACAAGGCCGCGGUCUCGAAAUCAAUGCGGAUGAGACUGAACCGUCGCAUAUCACUAACAGCAGCCCUGUUGCAGGAAAAUACCCUUUACUUCUUCAGUAUCGCGUGUCUUCUCAUAUUCAACAACCUCAUGGUCGUAGGAGCGACUCGUAUCCCGUGA